AUGAAGGCCUCUGUGUCUCUUCUUUUGCUGUCGGCUGCCAGCAUGGCGAGCGCUGCCAUAUCUGUCUCCCAGUGCGCACAAAUGUGCCUCAACAACAUGAAAGCCAAGGCUGGCGAGCUGGGCUGCUCCGCCGGCGACGAUAACUGUCUCUGCUCAAAAGUCAACUACGGAUAUGGUAUCCGUGAUUGCACUACCGAGGCCUGCCCUGGCGACGAUACCGCCGCUGUCCUAUCCAGCGCCCUUUCCUCUUGCCCUAGUGACUCUGCAGCGGUCACUGCCACAGGAGCUGGUGGCUCUGGCUCAGGCUCAGGCUCCGGCUCUGGUUCUGGCUCUGGCUCUAAUUCUGGCUCUAACUCUGGCUCUGGCUCUGCCUCUUCCACCGCUACUAGCACCGCUACCGGCAGCGAGAACGGCACGACUGGUGGUGCUGGUGCUGGCGCUGGCGCCUCCACUGGCACCAACGCUUCGGGAACUGGCGCUACUACCUCUGGGGCGAACCCCUCCAACACUGGCGCCACUACCACAGAUACGACAAUGACUACUACUACCACCAGCUCUGAGAACGGCUCCUCCACUGGCAGCAGUUCCUCCGAGACUGGAGCUGGUAGCGGCACUUCCACCUCUACCGGUUCAGGCUCCGGCUCCGACUCCGGCUCCGCUUCCACUACUGCCCCCAACAGCUCGUCCACUGGCAAUGUUGCCCCUCGCGGCGCUGUCGUUGGUUCCGGUGCCGUCGGAGCCCUGGCCCUCGCUGCCUUGGUUAUCCUCUAA